AUCUAUGCUUGUACUAUUAUCAAUGGUGGAUUUAUAAGAAAAAAACGUUAAUUUCGAAUACUAACAAAGAAUAUUAUAGAAAUUGAAUCUUUAAUUUGGUGACUUAUCAUUUUUUAAAUAAUUUUUGUUAGUUAGUUCUUUAAAAUAUUAAAAAAAUUCAUGACAAUAAAUCGUAUUUUAUCUAAUGUCAAUAUUUAUUAAAGAUGUAGUAAUAGUGACAGCUGAUGAAGAAUUAAAUUGUUGCGUAGGUGGUUAAAAUUGUAUUUGGACCAUAUAAAAUUUAUAUCAUUAAACAACAGAAAUAUCAGUGCUAAGAAUAAAGUGCGCAGUUUAUUAGUAAGUUUGAGUUACAAUAGUUUUUCGAUUUUUUAGGAUUCAUAAUACUUUUUGUUAUGUUAUAAUUAGAUUUAUAAAAAUAUUUAUAAAUAUUGUUUAUGGAUUAAUUUUAUGAUUUUCAUAACGACUGUGUAAUAACAGUCAGUUUUAUCUAGUGAUCAUGGAACAAAUGAUUGCUUUGAGUACACAAAAUCCAUUAACUUUAUUAGUAAAGUUUGGAAUGAUGGCUUGGAAUGAUACCUGUGGCAAUGAAAAUUGCUCCGGACAUGGAGAAUGUCAUAAUGGUACUUGUUUAUGUGAGAUUCAAUUUGAUGGAUUAGAAUGUCACGUUCCAAAUUUAAGUUAUUAUAUUGCAUUUGCCACAAUAUUCUUUAUGUUGGCAUUUGUCUGUUUAAUACAACUUAUUAUGUGUAUUAUCGCAGAAUGGCAAAAAAUGAAAGCACCAUCUUUUCUUAGAGCUUGUAGAGUUACAACACAAAAAGUUUUAUAUUUUAUUGUGUUUCUUGCAUCAUUGAUAAGAGGAGCAUAUUUUACAUCACCUACGGCAUUUAAAGAAGGAUGGUCUAGAAGUUUAUUAUCUGCAUAUUAUCCACUUGUUUUAAGUGGAUCUUCUUUAAUUGUUUGUUUUUGGGCUGAAGUAUUUCACUUAAGAAAUAUGUCAUGGGACAAACCACAAUUUCUUUCAAAAUCAUUCAUAGGUUUUGCUGUAUUCAAUGUAUUAACAUAUUCUCUACUUCUAGCAGAAUUUAUUAUCACUCAAUUAUAUUCUGAAGAAGAUCAGAGCUCUUACACUCAUAUUUUUAAUGGUUGUUAUGCAGUGCUCUUAUUUAUUGUUGUGAUUUUCUUCUUAAUUUAUGGAGUGGAAGUAUACUUCAAAAUUCGAGGUGGCUUUUUGAAUGAUUAUCAAAAUAGCACAAUUUUGAAUAAACGUAUGGUUUCUGAUUUAAAAGUUAAUGCCGAAGAACAAGUUACUGCAAAAUUGUUUGAUGCUGUUCCAAGUACAUCACAAUUAUCUCAAGUGCAAGAACAAAUAAAUAUUUCUCAGUUACAUCAAUCUCGUGUAGGUUUAUUAUCACAAGCUAUCAUGUUAUUUUUUAUUGUUGGAUUUUUAUGUAGUGAAACACUUAGUGAAUUUUGGAAAGCAAAAGUUCCUAUAUAUAGUAGGAAUUGGCACGAUGUUGUUUUCCGUAUUAUUGAAGUAGGCGUAAUAUUAUGGUUUCCAUGUGUGUUAUGGAAUUGUUUUAGUCCAGAACAAUUAUGGAUUCUAAAUCCAAAACGUCUUUUGAAGCGAUUAGAUCAUUCUAAAUAUAUAAAAGAAAUAGAAUUACAAGAUAAAGGUGGAGAACAAGAAACUGCACUUUUCUCAGAUGGAACAUCAAUUAGUAGUAAAGAUUGUUGGAUUUGUUAUGAUAGUGAAAGACAAGAUGCUGGACCAUUAAUACAACCUUGUCAAUGUAGAGGUGAUGUGAGUGCAGUUCACCACAAUUGUUUGCGUCGAUGGUUGGUCGAGAGUUCUGUAAAUGCUGAUAGUCUUAGUUGCAAAGUAUGUGGUACAAAAUAUAAUGUUGAACAUGCAAGUAAAUUGGAUUGGCAAAAUGGUAUAACUUCGCGUCAUUGCUUGCAAACUAUUGCUAUUGUCACGACAAUGUGUGGAUCAUCAGCUGCUGCUUGGACUCUUAUUCAAUUAGUAGAAGGCCCAAUUAUUAGAAUGCUUGCAGCUGGUACUGCAUUAUUGGUUAUGUAUGUUUGUAUAAGGUUUUUAAGUUUAAACACAGUUGUAGCAUAUCAGCGUGCCAAAAUUUCAUCUUUAAAUAUUAUUAGUUCUGAUAAUAAUGGAAAUGCACAUGUAUCAACUAUUAGUCAUACAGUUUGUGUAGAUUUGGCAAAAUCUGAAACAGCUACGAUAUAAUUGAUAUUUGACUUAUUGACUUGUAUUAAUGAUAUAACAUUUAUUUCAUCUUUAUUUAUAAAAAAAAUUAACGGUUAGAACAAAAAUGUUUAUUUGAAUGUUAAAAUUGUAAAAUUGUAUAUGUAUAAUUUUUUUUACAAUUUUUGAAGUUAAUGUUAACUAUUUAACAAAUUAUGGAAAAUCAUGUAAUAAUUUUCUUUAUUUUUGUAAUCAAAUCAAAAUUUCUUACAUUUUUCGACUAAUUUAUUAAGUUAUUUCAAAAUUAAAAUAUUUUGUUUAUACUUUUUAAUAACAAAUAUAUUUUUAUUAUUCAAAAUAAUAUUGUUAAGAUCAAAUGAAAUUUAAAAUAAUAUAUUUAAAAACAUCAGUUUUUGCAUAUAUUAAAAAAAGUUUAAAUUAUAAAUAUAAAACUUUAAAAUUAGAAUAUAUGAAUUGAAAUAUAAACUUUAAAAAAUAAAAUAAAUAUAGUUUUAUAUGAUUUUCAAAACUAUGUUUUCAUAGAUACAAAAAUAACAUGUUUUUUUUAUAUUAUAGUACUAAAUAUAUAUAUUGGUUCCAUGUUAUGGAAUGUUAUGAGAAAAAAAUAUAUGCAAUAAUAUUCAAUAAUUUCAAUUCAUAACAUUAAAAAUUAAUUUUUAUAAUAUAAUCGUACUACAAUUUCAAAAUUCGUAUUAUAUGGUUUUAUAAAGCUAAAAAUAUUGUCAAUAAUGGUACAUAUUUUAUAAAUAACUCAUUAAUAUGUAACAUUUUUAAAUAGAUAUAGAAUAAGAAUUGUUUCUGCGAUAUAUAAAUUUUAUAUUUGAAAAUACUCGUAUUUCAUAUGCCUCUUAGUUUUAUAGAAUGUGUAUAUAGUAUGAUAAAAUUAAGAAAUGAUAUAUAUUUCCUCUUCAUGAGAAGAAUAUGUACUAUUAUAAUACUAACAAAUAUUCUUUCUUGUAGAAGUACAAAAACAUUCUAGUUUUAAUAACUUAUUAAUAUAAAAUUAUUAUGUAUAUGGUAGUUACUAACAACUAUUAAAUGAUAUAUUUGUAAAUGUUAUGUUAUAAUGAUUAGCCAUCCCUUAUUAAAUAACAUUAAUAGAAAUACCUUUUUGAUAUAAGUGAAUGAAAAAAAUAUUCUUAUUGUCAUAUCUAUUUUUUUUAUUAUAAAUUGGCUAAUAUAACAAAUUUAUAUAUUGAGAUAAUAUAAAUAUUUUUUAAAAUGUUUUAUUAUUUAAGAAAUCAUAUGUAGCAAAUAUUAUAUCUAUGCUCGAAUUAAAUUUAAACAAUUUAUUUUUCAAAAUUCUAAAAUUCCAAAUUUUUUAAUGAUUAUUAUUAAAUUAUUAUUUUCCUAUGGAUGAAACUUUAAUAUCAUUUAUUAACACUAAUUUGAUAACCAAUUUAACUAAUUUAAAAAUAUAAAAUGAAAAAUAUAAAAAAAUAUAAUAAUAAAAUGCGAUGAUAUAAAUUGUAUGAUAUUCAAGUUGAUUACUAAAUAAAAAGGCCAAAAUAAAAUUA